AUGUGGUCGCUGUCGCUGCUGGCGCUGCUGGCGCUGCCUCUGUCGGCACUUGCCGCCGCAGGCACUUGCCCCUGGGCGUGCGCUUGCCGGCCCGCAACUCUCGACUGUGCUCACCGAGGCCUCUUGCACACUCCGAGGAGGCUGCCCACAGAUGUUCAUCGAAUAGACCUGCAAGGCAACAACCUGACAAUUAUAUUCCAGAGCGACUUCCAGAACUUGAACGAAUUAAAGAUUCUGCAACUAUCUGAAAACCAGAUACACACGAUCGAAAGGGACGCAUUUCUAUCGCUGACCUCGCUGGAGAGACUGAAACUGAGCAAUAAUCGACUCGGCCACUUGGCGGAGGGUCUUUUUGUGAGACUGAGACAUCUUCAACGUUUGGACCUCAGCAGGAAUGAAUUGACGGCGAUCAGUCGCCGCACCUUCAGGGGACUGACGGCACUGAAGAGUCUCCACCUGGACGGCAACCACCUCAAGUGCAUCGAUGAUAAGGCGCUGGAGCAUUUGAAGGGCUUGGAAGUUCUCACUCUGAACAAUAAUAAUCUUACGUAUCUCUCACUGGAGCCAGCUUCGGUCGCACGUCUGCACACGUUGAGACUCACCGACAAUCCGCUCGUAUGCGAUUGCCGAGUCUCCCGUCUGCUGACAGCCUUACGGGCCGCUGUCAUCGUUGGCGUUGGAGCCAGAUGUCAAGCACCGGCAACACUUAGAGGCGCCUUGCUCACAGAGCUCGAAGUCCACGAGCUGGUAUGCAAUGGUCCAACCAUAACAAUUCUGGGUGAGUGCUCUGCAGAGCCUCGAUGCCCACCUCCAUGCCGCUGCACGGCAGAGGGCACCAUGGACUGCAGGGAGAAGCUACUCUCUGAACUGCCCUCUACUAUACCGCAUCGCACAACUGAAAUCCGUCUAGAACAGAAUGAGAUUACGGAAAUAGGCGCCGGUGCAUUCGUACCAGUAAAAAGAGUCGCUCGUAUCGACCUAUCGAAUAACAAAAUCGCCAAGAUCGCCGCCGACGCGUUUAACGGACUUACACAUCUCACUUCUUUAGUACUAUACGGUAACAAGAUCAAAGACUUGCCGGCUGGGAUAUUUCACGGGCUCACUUCGCUACAGCUUCUGUUGCUCAAUUCCAACGAAAUCUCGUGCCUAAGGAAGGACACGUUUAGAGAUCUUCAGAGCUUGAAAUUAUUAUCGCUCUACGACAACAACAUCAGGUCGAUACCAAACGGGACCUUCGACUCGCUGACUGGAAUCCAGACUUUACAUUUAGGUCGGAAUCCCUUCACCUGCGACUGCUCGCUGCGCUGGUUGGCGGCGUACCUCCGAAAGAACCCGAUCGAAACAUCGGGAGCCAAGUGCGACACUCCUAAAAGACUGAACAGGAAGCGGAUCGACGCGUUGCGAGAUGAAAACUUUAAAUGCAAACCGGGCGAAGGAAACAUCGAGGGUGCGUGCGGCGCAACAGGCGCGUGUCCGUCAGCUUGCGCGUGCGAGUGGGACGCAAGAGGUGUGCGAGUUGCAUGCGCCAGAGCGGGACAGACUGAUGUUCCACGCGAUCUGCCCAUGGCUACGCACGCGCUAUUCAUGCCUGACAACAACCUGCGCCAAAUCAAAUCGGAUGGUUUAUUCGGACGACUGCCAGACCUCAACAAACUGGACUUCCGUAAUAAUGGUAUAACAGAGAUAGAAGACAACGCAUUCGACGGCGCCGCUAACAUGCUAGAACUCCUGCUUGAUGGGAACCUGCUCGCUACAGUGACAGAUAAAAUGUUUUUCGGUCUGCACAGCUUAACUACGCUGUCUUUAGCCGACAAUAAAAUUACAUGCAUCACGCCGGGGGCGUUUGAUCAUCUGAACAUGCUGUCCACACUGACACUAUCAGACAAUCCCCUGCACUGCAGUUGCCACGUAGGCUGGCUAGCUGGCUGGCUGAGAAACCGUAGACUUGCUCCGGAAGCCAGUUGCGCAACACCAGCCUCACUGCGCGGUGCAAACUUGCUUAAUUUGGAGCAGACUGACUUCAAGUGCACUCCUGAGGACAAGGGCUGCCUAUCACCAGAGUACUGCCCGACACCCUGCACUUGUACGGGAACCAUAGUGAGGUGUGCGCGUGCGCAACUCACCACACUACCAACGAACAUACCACGUCAGACCACUGAACUAUACUUGGAAUCGAACGACAUAACGAGCAUCGAACCUGAACAAAUUCGUCAUUUGACCCAACUAACGCGCCUGGACGUGUCCAACAACAAGAUCACUGUCCUCUACAACGAUACGUUCGAAGGUCUGACCAAACUGUCGACCCUCAUCGUCAGCUACAACCGGCUGACAUGUGUACAGCGCGACGCCCUUAAAGGCUUGACACAGCUUCGCGUCCUCUCCCUACAUGGAAACAACAUAUCUAUGCUAGCGGAUGGCGUCUUCAGAGACCUGGAAUCAAUUUCUCACGUUGCUUUGGGUUCGAACCCACUGUACUGCGACUGCAACGCCCGCUGGCUGUCCGAAUGGGUGAAGAACGCUGGGGAGUACGUGGAAGCUGGUAUAGCUAGAUGCGCUGAACCUGCUAGGAUGAAAGACAAGCUAGUUUUGAGUACCCUUUCCAGUGCCUUCGUUUGUACCGAGGAUCCGCCGGAAGACGUGGUGGCGAAGUGCGAGCGCUGCCGGCGCAGCCCGUGCCUGCACGGCGGCACGUGCGCGGCGACGCGCGGCGGCGUGCGCUGCGCGUGCGCGCGCGGCUUCCACGGCGAGCGCUGCCAGCACCGCAUCGACGCCUGCUACGGCGCGCCCUGCCUGCACGGAGCCUGCGCGCUGCUCGAGGAGGGCCGCUUCCACUGUUCGUGUCUGCCGGGCUACACCGGGGUGCGGUGCGAAGUGAACAUAGACGACUGCUUGGAUAACAGGUGCCAAAACAACGCCACCUGCGUCGACCACCUGGAAGGAUACACCUGCAAAUGUGCGCCUGGAUAUAUGGGAGAGUUCUGCGAGAAGAAGAUACCGUACUGCACCGCAGAGUUCAACCCCUGCGAGAACGGAGCCACGUGCGUGGACCACCACAGCCACUACUCGUGCAGCUGCCCGAAGGGCUACUCUGGACAGAACUGCACCCUGAAUGCUGAUGACUGCGUGAACCACAUGUGUCAGAAUGGAGCUACGUGCGUAGACGGCCUUGAUGAGUACCGGUGUGCGUGCGCUGCAGGCUAUGCGGGCCGCUACUGUGAGGCGGCGCCACACGCGGCGCUCGGCACCUCGCCCUGCGCGCACCACGACUGCGUGCACGGCGUGUGCUAUCUGCCCGCACUGCCGCUCGCGCUACAGGACGACAUUAUGAUGGAGCGACCGAUGCUGGGCGCAACCAACGACUACCUGUGCAAGUGCGCGCCCGGAUAUUCUGGUCGACUCUGCGAGUACCUCACAUCGCUCACAUUCAACUACAAUGACUCACUGGUGGAACUGGAACCUCUCCGAACCUCGCCACAGGCCAACGUCACUCUUGUGUUCAGCACGACCCAACACCACGGCGUGCUGAUGUACUUUGGCGACAACGAACACCUCGCCGCGGAACUCUUCAACGGGAGGAUCCGUAUCAGCUACGACGUUGGCAACCACCCGACCUCUACCAUGUACAGUUUCGAAAUGGUCUCUGAUGGCUCUUAUCACAAAGCGGAACUUCUAGCCGUCAAGAAAAACUUCACCCUUCGUGUCGACGAUGGGCCCGCCCGAUCUAUUAUUAACGAAGGUAGCAAGGAAUAUCUAAGACUGGAAAGACCGAUGUUCCUGGGCGGAGUCCCGGAGGACGUGGCCAAGGAUGCCUUCAGCAAGUGGCACCUUCGUAACAUCACCAGCUUCAAAGGGUGCUUGAAGGAAGCCUGGAUUAAUCACAAACGCGUGGACUUCGUGAACGCAGCCCGAGCGGUCCGCACUGCGGCAGGAUGUGGUGGAGAUGAACCUCCCCCGGCUACUCCGGGACAAGCUUUACAGGAAGAUGGUGCCCACAGACAGGACCCCUGUGUGCCGAACCCGUGCGCUCGCGGCGGGCGCUGCGUGCGCGAGGAAGGCUCCGCGUCCGACUACACGUGCCGCUGCAGGCCCGGCACCGCGGGCGCACAGUGCGAGCUGCGCACCGGCAUCGGUGGUGCACCCGUGAUCACUCAGAGCAAGCUGCCGAUCCGAAAGCAAAUCAUCAGCAACGUGCAAGCAUCGCCAGCCGCGCCGGUAAACAAGCAGGUGACUUCUGAACUUGCGCCCGCACAGCCGUCACCUGCUAAUGGAGGCUGUAGGAAGGAGGCGACCCGGGAAAUAAUUGCUGAGGGUGGCUGCAGAAGUCGGCGACCUGUUCGUGGGGCCAGGUGUGCCGCUAGACCUGACGGCAGGGUCUGUGGCAAGGGACUCUGCUGUUCACCUAAACGCACCAAGAAGAGGAAGAUCCGCCUAGUUUGCGAUGACGGCACACGAUACACCAAAGAAAUAGAAAUAGUUCGCAAAUGCGCCUGCGGGAAGAAGUGCGCAAGAACUACACUCUUCCAACACUAA